AUGGCGCUCCGAUCGGAGCAGAACCGCGCUCCUGGCUGGGUGACUGGCGAUUCUAUUCUGCGCCCAAAUGCGAUAAUACCAUGGUCGAAAUAUUAUCAGCGGUUAAAUACAAAGCCCGAUUUGGCAUCUAUUAACUUGCCGAUAUCGGGGAAAUGUACGAAGAGCUCCGGCGAGGAUAACAACUCUGAAGAAGUCAUGUUGCAACAAGCUGCGUUGGCCGAAGUCGAAGCAAUGGAAGUCGAAAAAAGCCUCCGAAAUCUCCAACCCCCAAAACAACCGGCACCCCCAAAAUACAGCUACUCUAUACGACCUCAAUCGCGCAAGAAACUGGUCUCCGAACCGGCCGACUUCCAAAAACUCGGCAUGGCAAUCGCAAAGAACAUGGAACAGGGAAGGCGCCUCCCACCUGAUUACCAUCCGCCGCUAUACCCCGAACAGUAUCCUUAUAUGAAAUUGAAUAAUCUGCAACGCAAACAACCACCACGCGGAGAUGCUGUGAAAUCUAUUGCGCGAUACCAUUCGGAGUCCGAAGUCAAAACUCGAUUGGUGCCGAAAACGGCUUAUGAAAAGCAGGUUGAGGCUUAUGCUGCGAAAUUACCUAGCAUUGAAUAUGGAAAAAUACGGCCGCAAAAGGGGAUGGAUCGAUUGGGGCACUCGCAAGUGAUGCCGAAUUCGGAUGGAGCAUUGUCGCUAUCACCAGAAAUGAUCGCCAGGUUUUCUAAUCAGUUACCGCAUGGGGUGUUACGAAAUGGCGUCUCGGAUGGAGUCGGUCUCCAGCAACUCCCGGCCCGUCAACAAGGUGUCGCGAAUUUUGCUGAAACUUCAAACGCAGUUGGUGUGGCCGAACAACUCGGAGAGUUUUCAAAGGUUCUCCCACAUUUCACUCGGAUCGCUCCAGCAUCGCAAGUUGAUCUGGGAACGAAUUCCAUCUUAAACCCGUUUGGAGGAGCUACUGGAGAUAUGCCACCCCUACUUGGUCAGAUUCCUGGGAUCCAUCAAGUCCCACCACAAACAAAUGGGCCCAAUCCAUUCGAAGCUUUAUUAUCAAAUGGAAAUACAAUUGAACAAUUGGGAAAACUGGCGAAAAGCUUGUUGAUGAGCGAGGAUGGUGGGCAAAAUAACCUACUUGCUGCUGGGCUGAAAGCUUUACAACGGCAAGGUGCAGGAGGGUUGGAAGGAGAUCUAUUAGGAGCUGCCAAGACCGAGACACGAGCAGCCCCAACGAUGAUGGAACGGCUAAUGGCUUCGGCGGCUCAGGCGAUAAAUGAGAGUAAAAACAGCAAAAAAGAACUGCCCAAUUUGUUUCCUGUAAUAAAUAUCACGACAACAGAGAAGCCAGUGGAUGCGGAUAUUGAGAAAUCCGUCGCCUUGCUCAAGCAAGUCCCUGAAGAACAGAAGAAAAUCCUUGAAGCUGCUAUUCGAUCAGGGGAGCUUGAUUAUUCCAGUGUCGAAGCCGCCAUUAGGUCACUCGUCCGCGAGGAUUCGGCUUCCCAAUCGAAAACGGAGAAGACAACGAGAUUGAUGGAAUGGAUCCAGAAGAAUAGGCCCGCCAAGACUGAGCUCGUGCUCACGUCGGACCGUUUGCCCUAUUAUGGGAAAUACUGUGGAACGUUUGCGGAACAGCUGUCUCCAAACCGUAAAUACAAACCCGGUGGCGCUGUCUGGGCUGUUGACAAUCAACAUAUAAUUGUCUCAAAAUUCAUCUUCCAACCCGAAUCCCUAUCAGAAAACAUCACCUUCUGGGCCGGUCCUGGCGACAAAGGAAGCGAUCCAGUGGCGGAUAUGUUCCCAUCGGCCAAUGGCUUCUAUUUAAAACCAGUUCCCAUUGAUCCUAUUGAAGCGAAGAUUCGGCAAAAGGUUAACGCUAGCUCUACAGUAUUUGGGGCCACGCCGGUAAUGCCGAUUGGGAGGAAGAAGCGUGAAACAAUCACCAUCGACUCCCGACCUACUGGCAUUACAAAUAAGACUGGACAACCGGUGCAUCUAAUUGUUCAGGGAGCGGUGAUACAAGUUGAAAACCCAGAUGAUAAGAACCAACAAAUCCUGGCAAAUACAACCGAACUAAUGUCGAUCAACCCGACGAGUAGCAGUGUAUUUUCGGCACCAUUUCAUAUUCAACAACCAGAUGAAGAUCCGGUGCCAAAUCCUAUGUACCCGGUGGCUCUUGAAUGGCAUGCAGGUUUUCAACCACUACUCCUAACCCUCCCGGCCCACAAGUCUAUGAAGACUACGCAUUGGAUAUCGCUUUGGGACCAUAAGAAUCAGAAAUCGAUUUCAUCAGUCGUAUUCCCGAAUGGUCCGGCAUUUCAAGUGCCCGAGGUCAUCACGUUGCGCUCCCUAUUUCCAAAUGCAGGGCUCCUUGCCAAUGUGACAUCUGGGCCAAUUAGGCUAAUUGACGCGAAAACGAUUGAAAUCGAUGAGCUACGAAUUCCGGCCAUUGAUGCACCUAUAUGGUUUGUCGUCGGAAAGGAUGUGUUCCCAAGCGCUAAUGGACAUAUUGUACCGAUCUACAACAAGCGAACAAAUACCUUCGACUGUGAUAGCUUACAAGAAUAUACUGGCCAAACUGUAACCUUAAAAUUACCCGGAACAAUGUAUAUGAAGGACGUUUUCUGGUUUUCAAUAUUUUCGCUGACCACUGGUGUUUCCUACUCCCACAUUUAUUUGCCAUACAACGACAUGCAUUUACCUCCUGAUCUAUCGGCUAUUCCGACUCCUCGCUGCACUUGGAAAGAC